AUGGAUGAAAAUUUUAGUGGAUCUUUUAGCAUGUUUUCGAAUUCACAGAAUCCUGAAGAAAAUGCAAUGCUUCAAAAUAACCGUCCUAAUUCUCAAUUUUCUCAACUUUCUUCAUCUCCACAAUUCUCAUCAAAAUUUCAAAAUCUUCCUUAUGCUCCACAAUAUCCACAAAAUUUUUCAUAUCCUACACAAUAUCCUCCAAAUUUUCAAAAUAUUCAAUAUCUUCAACAAUACCCUCCUUAUAUGCAUCUUCCUCAACCGCCAUCGGCCAUGGUCUUGGAUGAAUCAAGAAGAGCGAGUAUAGGUGCAUCCAGAGUCGAGAAAGAACUCGCAACACCACCUUCUCCCCUUGAGUCUCAGUUUCCACCACAUUCGACACAAGUCGAGGUGGAAAAAAUUGAUUUUAAUGUUGAUGCAGAGAUGGGCAGCAAACGAACAUUUUGGACAGUAGAAGAAGAGCAACAUCUUGCAAAAUCAUAUAUCAAUAUUAGCACUGACUCAGCAAUCGGGAAUUCUCAAAAGGAUAAAGCUUUUUGGAAGCGUAUCGGAGAUUACUACAGCGAGACUCGCCCAUAG